AUGAAAUGUGUGUUUGCUUUCGUAGAACUUGAUAUUCGAGUGAAUAUUUCAAGCAACAAUAGAAGUGGAAGAGUGGAAAUCUUCCAUCCACAAUUGGGCUGGGGUUCGAUAUGUGACGAUUACUGGGAUAUGGAAGAUGGUAACGUGCUCCGUCGUCAGUUGGGUUUCACUGGAGCUUCAACUUGUGGAAGUACAAGUGUCUGCGAAUAUGGUCCAAAACAUCUUCGAGACGAUGAAAUAACUUCUCAGAGUCCAAUGCAGUCUCCAUCAUUAGCAAUUGUGAAGUUUUUGGUUAAAUAUUGUGGUGCUGAUUUAAAGUGCAAAGAUGAGUUGGAGAGAUCUGCUUUACAUCAUGCUGUUGAUGUUGGUGAAACAGACAUUGUCAAAUAUUUUGUUGAACAAUGUGGCGCUGAUGUAAAUGACAAGAAUAAAGUAGGGUGGACAGUGCUUAAACAUGCUGUUGCUGAAGGUUCGCUAGAAAUUGUAAAAUAUCUUGUUGAAAAUGGCGCUAAUGUAAAUUAUAACAGUACAUACGGAUGGACAGUGCUUCACGAUGCUGUUACUAAAGGUAGUCUAGAAAUGGUAAAAUAUCUUGUUGAAAACGGUGCUGAUGUAAACAGGAAGAAAAUUAACGGGGAGACAGUCCUGUAUGCUGCUGUUAGUGAAAAUAGACUAGAAAUGGUCAAAUAUUUUGUUGAAAAGGGCGCUGAAAUAAAUGGCAAAGAUAUUUACGGAGAGACAGUGCUGCACUCUGCUGUAACUCAAGGUUCGCUAGAAAUGGUAAAAUAUCUCGUUGAAAACAGGGCUGAUGUAAAUAGUGGGAAAACUAACGGGUGGACAGUGCUGCACUCUGCCGUUACUGAAGGUACGCUAGAAAUGGUAAAAUAUCUUGUUGAAAACGGCGCUGAUUUAAAUGGUAAGAUGACUAACGGGUGGACAGUGCUGCACGCUGCCGUUACCAGAGGUACACUGGAAAUAGUAAAAUACCUUGUUGAAAAACGCGCUGAUGUAAAUGGAAAGAAAACUAACGGGUGGACAGUGCUGCACACUGCUGUUACUAAGGGUACACUAGAAAUGGUAAAAUAUCUUGUUGAACAUGGCGCUGAUUUAAAUCGCCAGAAAACCAAGGGGUUGACAGUGCUGCACAAAGCUGUUACUAAAGGUACGCUAGAAAGAGUGAAAUAUCUUGUUGAACAUGGCGCUGAUGUGAAUGGAAAGGAUACUGACGGAUGGACAGUGCUGCGCUAUGCUGUUACUAAAGGUAAACUAGAAAUGGUAAAAUAUCUUGUUCAAAAUGGAGCUGAUGUAAAUGGAAAAGAUACUCACGGAUCGAGAGUGCUGCACACUGCUGUUACUGAAGGUAGGCUAGAUAUAGUAAAAUGUCUUGUUGAACAUGGUGCCGACGUAACUCUUGAAAGUAAACGUAGCGUUCAUACUCUUGGCAUUGACAUCCUGAAGAGGGCUGUUGAGAAAAAUUCAGUUGCUUUAGUCAAUCUUUUGUUGGAAAAGAACAUCGCUGUGUGGAGAGCUGGAACAUUUUUUGUUGAAGGAAAACAAAUGAGCCUUCUUGAAUGGAGUAUUCACCUUGGUCAUGAUGAGAUUACAACUAUCCUCAAAAGGUCCGUAAAUCAUCGUGAGAAGAUUCAGAGGUUGAAAACAAUGAAUUGCAACCAGUUAGAUAAGGUUGAAACACCGAUGCAGGCUUUUGUGGCAAAGAACCAAUUCAAAAUUGGCGAUGGUGGUUUUUCUUGUGUCUAUGUUGGUCUCAUGAAGGGUGAAAGUGAAGUUGCUGUUAAGAGAAUUUUGAUACAAAGUGAGGAUAAAACAGUUGAAAACGAAAAGGAAAUCAUGAGACUCAUUGAAGCAAACAACUCUCCAUUCAUAGUGAACUAUCGACAUUUUCACCGUGACGAUACCUUCAUGUAUCUUAUUGUUGAUCUUUGCGAAGAAAACUUGAAGGAACUUGUUUAUGCAUGCAAUAUUGAACAUCUACAAAAGCACGGGCCACGAAUGAUUUGGGAAAUUUUAUCAGGACUUGAAUUUCUUCAUGGUAAAGGAAUAUUGCACAGAGAUCUAAAACCAUCAAACGUUCUGGUUGAUAUCGAAGGUCGCAUGAAAUUGGCAGAUUUUGGAAUAAGCCGUGUUCUAGAUGACGAUGAAACGACAAUUGAAACAUUUGCUAAAGGUACUCCUGGAUGGAUGCCACCGGAAGUAAUUGAAGCAAUAGACAAAGGGGAAAAAGGUCCUUUUAAAAGGAAAUCGGAUGUUCAGGUCGCGGGUAUGAUUGCUUUCUUCAUCUUGACUAAAGGUGAACAUCCGUUUGGAUCAAAGAUAAAUUGGAUGCAAAAUAUUUUGGAGGGAAACUCUGUCAAUUUGAGGAAACUUGCUAAUCGCAGAGCUCGUAGGUUUGUGUCGUGGUUGAUUAAUCACAAGAUUGACGAUAGACCUUACGCUUACGAAGCAUUGGGGGAUUCUUAUUUUUCAACACCACAACGAACACAGCAAACAAUUAGACAACCAACCACGACGUUUGUUUGAAAUGAUGAAUCCUUCUUAGCCCAACUUUGUCUUAAAGGGGAAACUAACUUGCAGCGACCCAAGAGCGACAGAACAUAGCUAAUUUUAAAAUACUUAUCACAAUAUUUUAGUAGAGGGAGGAGGGGACAGCCCAAGUUUGUCCUUGAAGGGGAACUUUUGAGCGACAAAAAUUCGACACAAGGGCGACAGAACCAGUCUUAUCAGGCGACAAUAAAGCAAUGCUGAACGCGAACGCUAUGGAUUUGCAUUUCGUAGACGGUCGGUAGCAGCAACCUUGAUGUUCGGUAGCAUCAUUUACCGCUUCGGAAGUCACCGUGCAUUUCGCGACACUUUCCGAAUCCUUUCGUCAAAAAAUCGGUAAGACAUUGAAUACUGUUUAAGGUAUUUUAAUUAUUUACGAAUUUGCUCUAUCGACGUGAUUUUCAAUUCUGUUUUAAUCAUCGUGAUAAUAGUUUAGCAGAAU